AUGAAAGGUGAUCGAGCAGUGGCUGUGGUGGUGGAUCCUAUUCAGAGUGUUAAAGGGAAGGUGGUAAUUGAUGCCUUUCGCUUGAUCAAUCCCCAAACUAUGAUGCUUGGCCAAGAGCCACGACAGACAACAUCAAAUCUGGGGCAUCUGAACAAACCAUCUAUUCAAGCAUUGAUCCAUGGUUUGAACAGACACUACUACUCAAUAGCCAUAAACUACAGAAAGAAUGAACUUGAAGAGAAGAAGAAUGAACUUGAAGAGAAGAUGCUACUGAAUCUUCACAAGAAGAAAUGGACAGAUGGACUCACACUCCAGCGUUUUGAUGCUCAUUCCAAAACCGACGAGCAGACAGUUCAGGAGAUGUUAAACCUUGCGGUCAAGUAUAAUAAAGCCGUGCAGGAGGAGGAUGAGUUACCAGGGGGGGAGAGAGAUGAGAGGAUUGGGUUGGAAGUGAAUAAUGUGAUGAUGGGUUGGAUUCGUAGUAGACGGGGACAAGUUGGAGCACAAAAUCAGAAAAAUGUUGCUGGUGUUGAUGAUAACUUGAGGUUAAUUAUUCACUAA